GCCGCGCGCGGGGUCCCCUCCCCCUCCCGCAGGUCCCCUUCCGAGCGCCCCGCUCAGCCUGCGCCGCCCGCUCCCUGCCUCCGGCCCGGCCCGGGGCGCCGCGGCGGUGGGCUCGGCCUUCUGCGGACAAGGUCAGGAGACGGAGAGGCGAUGCCCGAGUGCGACUGGAGGGAGCCGAGCGGAGGCGACGGCGGCUGGGAUCUGUCCCUCCUGACCGGGGAGCGGGACUGGGGCAGGCGCCGGUGAGGGGGAGGAGAAGCGGCAGCGGCGCAGUGUUCUUUCCUCCGGCCGCAUUUCCCCAGAGGAGCAUCCCUGUCGGCGCCCGCGAGCGUAGCCCCGCCGGGCAGGGGCGCUGGGGAAGAUGGAGCCCGGGGUCCGGGCCCGCACUGGCCCCCCGCAGCCGGCGGCCCCGGGGCUGUGGAGGGUUCGGACGGCGGGCGGCGGCGGCGGCGGGGGCGCCUCCUCCUGGCUGCUGGACGGGAACAGCUGGCUCCUGUGCUAUGGCUUCCUCUACCUGGCGCUGUACGCGCAGGUGUCCCAGUCCAAGCCGUGCGAGAGGACCGGCUCCUGCUUCUCGGGCCGCUGUGUCAACUCCACCUGCCUCUGCGACCCGGGCUGGGUGGGGGACCAGUGCCAGCACUGCCAGGGCAGGUUCAAGUUAACAGAACCUUCUGGAUAUUUAACAGAUGGCCCAAUAAAUUAUAAAUAUAAAACUAAAUGUACAUGGCUAAUUGAAGGCUAUCCAAAUGCAGUGUUAAGAUUAAGAUUCAAUCAUUUUGCUACAGAGUGUAGCUGGGAUCAUAUGUACGUUUAUGAUGGAGAUUCAAUAUAUGCACCUUUAAUAGCUGUACUAAGUGGUUUGAUAGUCCCUGAAAUAAGGGGAAAUGAAACUGUGCCUGAAGUUGUUACAACAUCUGGCUAUGCAUUGUUACAUUUUUUUAGUGAUGCUGCAUAUAAUCUAACUGGUUUCAACAUUUUUUACUCAAUCAACUCUUGCCCUAACAAUUGCUCUGGUCAUGGGAAGUGUACAACUAGCAUCUCUGUUCCAAGUCAAGUAUAUUGUGAAUGUGAUAAAUACUGGAAAGGUGAAGCUUGUGAUAUUCCUUACUGUAAAGCCAAUUGUGGCAGUCCAGAUCAUGGUUACUGUGACCUAACAGGAGAAAAGUUGUGUGUCUGCAAUGAUAGUUGGCAAGGUCCUGAUUGUUCUUUGAAUGUUCCCUCCACUGAAUCUUACUGGAUUCUGCCAAAUGUAAAACCCUUCAGUCCUUCUGUAGGUCGAGCUUCCCAUAAAGCUGUUUUACAUGGGAAAUUUAUGUGGGUGAUUGGUGGAUAUACUUUUAACUACAGUUCUUUCCAAAUGGUCUUGAAUUACAAUUUAGAAAGCAGUAUAUGGAAUGUAGGAACUGUAUCAAGGGGACCUCUCCAGAGAUAUGGGCACUCUCUUGCCUUAUAUCAGGAGAACAUCUUUAUGUAUGGAGGCAGAAUCGAAACAAGCGAUGGCAAUGUCACAGAUGAAUUGUGGGUUUUUAACAUACACAGUCAGUCAUGGAGUACGAAAACUCCUACUGUUCUUGGACAUGGUCAGCAGUACGCUGUGGAGGGACAUUCAGCACAUAUUAUGGAGUUGGAUAGUAGAGAUGUUGUCAUGAUCAUAAUAUUUGGAUAUUCUGUAAUAUAUGGUUAUACAAGCAGCAUACAGGAAUACCAUAUCUCAUCCAACACUUGGCUUGUUCCAGAAACUAAAGGAGCUAUUGUUCAAGGUGGAUAUGGCCAUACCAGUGUGUAUGAUGAAAUAACCAAGUCCAUUUAUGUUCAUGGAGGCUAUAAAGCAUUACCAGGCAACAAAUAUGGAUUGGUAGAUGACCUUUAUAAGUACGAAGUUAACACUAAGACUUGGACUAUUUUGAAAGAAAGUGGGUUUGCCAGAUACCUUCAUUCAGCUGUUCUUAUCAAUGGAGCUAUGCUUAUUUUUGGAGGAAAUACCCAUAAUGACACUUCCUUGAGUAACGGUGCAAAAUGUUUUUCUGCCGAUUUCCUGGCAUAUGACAUAGCUUGUGAUGAAUGGAAAAUAUUACCAAAACCAAAUCUUCACAGAGACGUCAAUAGAUUUGGACACUCCGCAGUUGUCAUUAAUGGGUCUAUGUAUAUAUUUGGAGGAUUUUCUAGUGUACUCCUUAAUGACAUACUUGUAUACAAGCCUCCAAAUUGCAAGGCUUUCAGAGAUGAAGACCACUGUAAAAAUGCUGGUCCAGGGAUAAAAUGUAUUUGGAACAGAAAUCACUGUGAAUCUUGGGAAUCUGGGAAUACUAAUAAUAUUCUUAGAGCAAAGUGCCCUCUGAAAACAGCUGCUUCUGAUGACAGAUGUUACAGAUACGCAGAUUGUGCCAGCUGUACUGCCAAUACAAAUGGGUGCCAGUGGUGUGAUGACAAGAAAUGCAUUUCAUCAAACAGCAACUGCAGUAUGUCUGUGAAAAACUACACCAAAUGUCAUGUGAGAAAUGAGCAGAUUUGCAACAAACUAACCAGUUGUAAAAGCUGUUCACUAAACUUGAAUUGCCAGUGGGAUCAGCGGCAACAAGAGUGUCAGGCUUUACCAGCUCAUCUUUGUGGAGAAGGAUGGAAUCAUAUUGGGGAUGCUUGUCUCAGAAUCAAUUCCAGCAGAGAAAACUAUGACAAUGCAAAACUUUAUUGCUAUAAUCUUAGUGGAAAUCUUGCUUCAUUAACGACCUCAAAAGAAGUAGAAUUUGUAUUGGAUGAAAUACAGAAGUAUACACAACAGAAAGUAUCACCUUGGGUAGGCUUACGCAAGAUCAAUAUAUCCUACUGGGGAUGGGAAGACAUGUCUCCAUUUACAAACACAACACUACAGUGGCUCCCUGGUGAACCCAAUGAUUCUGGGUUCUGUGCCUAUCUAGAAAGGGCUGCAGUGGCAGGCUUAAAAGCUAAUCCUUGUACAUCUAUGGCAGAUGGUCUUGUCUGUGAAAAACCUGUUGUCAGUCCAAAUCAAAAUGCAAGGCCUUGCAAAAAGCCGUGCUCUUUAAGGACGUCGUGUUCUAACUGUACAAGCAACGGCAUGGAGUGUAUGUGGUGCAGCAGCACAAAGCGGUGUGUCGACUCUAAUGCUUACAUAAUCUCUUUCCCAUACGGACAGUGUCUGGAGUGGCAAACUGCCACCUGCUCGCCUCAAAAUUGCUCUGGAUUGAGAACCUGUGGACAAUGUUUGGAACAGCCUGGGUGUGGAUGGUGCAAUGAUCCCAGUAAUACAGGAAGAGGACACUGCAUUGAAGGGUCUUCUCGGGGGCCAAUGAAGCUUGUUGGAAUGCAUAAUAAUGAGAUGGCUCUUGACACCAGUCUUUGUCCUAAAGAGAAGAACUAUGAGUGGUCCUUUAUCCAGUGUCCAGCUUGCCAGUGUAAUGGACAUAGCACUUGCAUCAAUAAUAAUGUGUGUGAACAGUGUAAAAAUCUUACGACAGGAAAGCAAUGUCAAGAUUGCAUGCCAGGUUAUUAUGGAGAUCCAACCAACGGAGGACAGUGUACAGCUUGUACGUGCAGUGGCCAUGCAAACAUUUGUCAUAUGCACACAGGAAAAUGUUUCUGCACAACUAAAGGAAUAAAAGGCGAUCAAUGCCAAUUAUGCGACUCUGAAAAUCGCUAUGUCGGUAAUCCACUUAGAGGAACAUGUUAUUACAGCCUUUUGAUUGAUUAUCAGUUUACAUUCAGCUUAUUGCAGGAAGAUGAUCGCCACCAUACUGCCAUAAACUUCAUAGCAAACCCAGAACAGUCAAACAAAAAUUUGGAUAUUUCGAUUAAUGCAUCAAACAACUUUAACCUCAACAUUACGUGGUCAGUUGGUUCAACAGCUGGAACGAUAUCUGGGGAGGAGACGCCUAUAGUUUCCAAGACUAAUAUAAAGGAAUACAGAGAUAGUUUUUCCUAUGAAAAAUUUAAUUUUAGAAGCAAUCCAAACAUUACAUUCUAUGUGUACGUCAGCAACUUUUCAUGGCCUAUUAAAAUACAGAUUGCAUUCUCACAACACAAUACAAUCAUGGAUCUUGUGCAGUUUUUUGUCACCUUCUUCAGUUGUUUUUUAUCAUUAUUAUUGGUGGCUGCUGUAGUUUGGAAGAUCAAACAAACGUGUUGGGCAUCCCGACGGAGAGAGCAACUGCUUCGAGAACGACAGCAGAUGGCAAGCCGUCCCUUUGCUUCUGUUGAUGUGGCCCUGGAAGUGGGAGCAGCGGAACAAACAGACCUUCUGCGGGGGUCAUUAGAGGGAGCACCCAGACCAAUCGCCAUUGAACCAUGUGCUGGGAACAGAGCGGCCGUUCUGACUGUGUUUCUUUGUCUACCACGAGGGUCAUCUGGUGCCCCUCCCCCUGGGCAGUCAGGCCUUGCAAUUGCCAGUGCUCUCAUAGAUAUUUCUCAACAGAAGCCUUCAGAGAGUAAAGACAAGACUUCAGGAGUCCGAAAUCGAAAACACCACCUCUCAACACGUCAAGGAACUUGUGUCUGAGAAACAGAAACUGCUCCUGGAGGUUCUGUAAUGUUUGACUUUGUAAACAGCUCCCAUUAAGGCUGGUCUCUGGCCUCAGUUUUUAUGGGGGCAAAUCUCUGUAUGGUCCCAGGGCCCAAAUACAGUUCCCUCCAAAUGGGCAAUGACCCACGUGGCCAAAGAAUGUUCAUGAGUUUUGUAAAAGUGACAGUAUUGAUGGUCACAGGUGAUUAAGUCAGUUUUUGCGACUAUCUUAGGCUUAUCAUAGAUACCAUUAAAGUGCUCUGGGAAAAGAUGUAUAUUGUUUCUUAAUGCAGAUGAAAAAUAUGUAAUUCGUAUAAACCAAACUGUUUAUAUCCCAAAACUUUAAGGAAAGACAUUUUAUAAUGCCUGAAUGAUGAGAAUUGUACAGUUUUUGCCUCACGAGCAAACUUAAAUCACCUGUAUAUGAACAGGAAAUGAAAAAACUGCAAUGGCUUUAAAUGCUGUUUUAUCUCACUGUAAAUGUAAAAGCAAGAUUUUGAUUUAGUAGGAUGUAGGUAAUGUGUUUAAAUAUUUCACAGGACCAUAUCGUGUCCAAACCCAGUUUGCAAAUGUGACUCUUUUCCACCUAACUGGAAUGCAGACCAAAAUGAGUCCAUUUGGAUGGAUGGUAUGUGCAACUUCACAGGAGGUUUAUUAGAAUUCUGAGUGAAGAGGACAUUGCUGUCGUCCAUGCCAACUGCCUAACUCAUUAUCAGAGCUGAUAGAGCAUGGAAAAGCCUGUCCAGCAAUCAAUUUCUCCCCUCCUUCCAGAACCAGCCUCCAAUACCACGAACCUGAAGAGAGCUGAAAUAGUUAUUUUACAGUGUGCAAGCUUCUCCUCUUAUAUGGUAAUUUUUUAAUUGCCUGGGAAUCAUUGGAUCAGACCUAAAUGAUCCAUCUGCAUUUUUAUAAGGACAGACCCUCUUCUCUUGGCCUUCCUCUCCUAGCUGCUAGAUUUUAUCUACCUUUUACAAACGUUAGGAAAAGUGUUUUAGAGGCAACACCUCCUCCAAGUCAUAAUACAACCCAAGUUCCUUCCUGCCACCUAUUUCACUUAGAGUACAAAUAGAGAAGAGCCUUUGCUGGCGGGCGUCUUCAGUAUUCUUGUUUCUGACAUGAGCACCUUGCUGUCAUGACAGAAAGUCUCCAGUUUAAGAAAUGAAAUAAGUUUGUUGUGGCCCCCGUUCAGCAAAUUCUUAAUGAUUCAAAAAGCUAAACUAUGGCAGAAAGGAAAAAGGAUAGAGAAAAAAUUUUCACAUUGGAGCAUAGAAUCAUUUGUGUCCUAGAUUUUGACAGCAGUUCACUAGAACUCCAUAGAUUAACAGACCUUGGUUGAAACUGCACUUUCUUAACUUCAGGGUGACUACAGAAUACAUGUAGAGAGCAGUCACAGAGAUCUCCAACGCUGCUUUAUACAAUCUAGUUUGGUUCAAUGUGAAGGUCAUUUAAAUGUAAUUGACAUUUAGUACUAUCUAUGUACUUAUCAUGUUCUUUGGACUUCUGGAAGGUAUUGACACUUUUACUGUUUACAGCUAAUGCAUAGUUACUUGCAUGCUAUGGUUGUGCAGUAGCGGGAUAUGACCCUAUUGUGAUAUUAAAUGUUUAUUUCACAAUGCCAUUUAUACAUAGUCAGCUUAAUUUGAUGAGGAACAAAUGUAAUAUAUAACAGGAAUGAUCAUACGAUAUGUAGUUGCAUCAUAUAUAAGAUUUGCUAGGUUGCAUCUUAACCAUGACUCUGUCAUUGUUUUGAUAAUUAGGCAUUUAUGAAUUAUAGUAUAUAUUCCUCAUGUUGGCAUGAUAAUUUUGCUAUUUUCCAUGCAUUAAAAAUAAGACUAAUUCUUAGAACAAUUUUAUUGAUAGCCUAUGGGGGAUUUUUCGGGGGGUGGUGGUGGGAGUGGAGUUGGCUAUUUUUACUUCCCUAUGAUAUUUUCUCUCUCAAAAAAAAAAGUGAGCAAAGAUUAUAAAUGUCUCCUGAAAACAAUCAAGUCAUUUUAUUAGCUUCUUUGGAGGCCCCUUAAAUGUUGAUUUUUUUUUCUCCUGGAAAAAAAAAUUGACUAAACUGGUGAGUACAAAAAUAUAAUCAUUUAAAAAUAAAGUGAUUGCCCAUUUGUUUAAUUCUCUACUGUCAUGAGAGAAAGCAUAUAUAACAAAAACACAAAACCAUACAGAGUUGUGUGUAAAAUCUGGUUCAGCUGUAUUUUUAGAGAGGCUAAUAAGCAAACAGUUUUACUCUGAAAAGAUUGUCAGGCCUCAUCCACCUCGAAUCCCAUCGGGGUCUUAAAAUUUGAAAUUUUUAAUUUUAGAGAAUUAUGGGACAAAAUGCAAUGUUAAUUUAAAGUCAUACUCUACCUUUCUGGGCCAAGUAUUGCCAACAUUGAGACUAAUUAUGCAGUAUCUUCUUGACAUUUCAAAGCGUUUUAUGGCAAUAAAAAUUCUUCACCCUCAGGUGAAAUGGAUUGAAAAGGCCUUAGGGAUAGUCGCUUUGAAUCUGUGUCCUGUUCUUCCCCCCCACACACAUCCCAAACACUUUCAAUUUGGAAGCUUUUUUUUUUUAAAUCAAACCACAGGUAUCUGCAAGUACUCUUCAAGAAGUUAGGCAUUAAAUGACUGAUUCUCAUAAAAAUGUAUCUUAAUGGAAUUCUGUACAUCUCAGUUUAGAAUGACUUUUAAAAUGUUUUUUUAAUGUCAGGGUUUCUUAUUCUUCCAUAUAUGAAAAGUUUCUGUUAAAUAGAAUGGGGUUUUAAAAACCGACCCAAGGACACUCUUUGGACAAUUUGGAAUGUUAUUUUCCAUCACAGUCUAUCCCUGGUGAUUGGCUAUAGUUCCCUGAGCUAUACAGUAGGACCUUGUCCAUUCAAAAUGUGAUCAUUUGCACCUAUUAACCCCAAACUCCCUGCCCAUCCCACUCCCUUUCCCAUCCCCCCUUUGCAACCACAGUCUAUUCUCCAUGUUUGUGAGUCUGUUUCUGUUUUGUAGAUAGGCUCAUUUGUGCCAUAUUUUAGAUUCCACAUGUGAGUGAUAGCAUAUGGUAUUUGUCCUUCUCUUCCUGACCUACUUCACUUACGAUGAUAAUUUCUAGUUGCAUCUAGGUGCGAAUGCUUGUUGAGAAAGAUGCACAUGCUUACAGAUCAAUUUAGUCCGGAAUUUAGUUUGGAAUUUUUGUAGUUGUUUUUCAAUGAAAAUUUGUUUUAGCAAUACACACAAAAGGAAAAUGUAUGCCAUAUACUAUUGUGUUAUGUUUAAUAGGAAAACUUGAACUAGAAAAUAUUUCAACCUGUAAUUGAUACUUGCGCUGCUUCCCAUCUCAUUUUCUUUGGGUUCCAGUAAGACAGUAGUGGCCCUAUGGCUGCUGUGUUAUUCCAGGGUCAGUUAGAGUGCAGGAUGGUGGAUGGGCCUGAGAACAGAUGUUGGGACCAGCUGUGAGCUGUGUGGUGCUGGGCAAGUUUUAACCUUUUGAAGCCUUAGACUUUGCAUCUGUGAGGGGAGGUAGUGGUGCCCAGAAUAUAAGAAGUAUAAAGCUUCCACCUCGGGCCUUCAGUGCAAUAGUAUUAAUCGUGGGGCCACUGGGACACUCUUUCUACCAAUUGUUUUAUGAAUCCAUCUACUAAUUUUUCAUUUAUCUUUUCACCAUAGGUAAAAAGGCAAGUAGGUUUUUGCAAAUGAAGAUUUUGUAAAACCUUAACUUCCUCUAUUUCUGGGAUGUAGAGAUUUAAAAAAAAAAAACUGCUUUGAUAUUUGGGUCAAUAGUGGCUUUGAUGCUUUCAAAAUAUAUACAGUUUUAGUAAAAGCUUUUUUUAAAUUACUGCUUGGUGACAUUUAGAUAGGAACAUCAAUUAUCACUUUCAUGUUCAAAUUUGGCAAGCAGGAGCCAAUCCUUACAUUUGCUUGUCAUACGUGGUACAUUUUUUUCUCAUUGAACAUAAAACUAUGAUUUGAAAGUGUUUUAUAUAAAAGGUUUUUAAAAAUUAAAACUGUUUGAAGGAACUAAUUCUACCUUCAUAGACGUUAAAAAAAAAUCAACUUCCAAGGCCCAUUUGCUACUUUACAAAACUGAGUUUGAACUUACUUGAUCAUAAGAAUUACCUGGAUGAGUGAGGAUCCCUAUCUUUGACUCUAGAGAUUAAGAUGCAGAAGGACCAGUUUGGGCUCUGAAGGUUCAAAUGCUUAAUAAGCACCCCAGUGGUUCUUAUAAUUAGGCAAACUAAGGAGACAGUGCACUGGGCCAAAGAGCUGCCUUUAUUUACAGUUUGAAGAAUUUCUUUAAAUAAUAAAGCUAUCCCUCUAAGUCAAAAUGCUUUAAAUAAUUUUCCAAGGAAUACAAGCCAUCUGGUUGGUGUUAUAGCAGUGUUUUCAUUAUAGUGUACAUUUAACAUUUUAGUUUUGUCAAAUUUUUUUAAUUAAGAAUUAGAACCAUCUCAGUAUAUAUGUAUACAGGUGUGCAUGCCAGUGUUAAAACAGAUUGUGUAAAAGUUCAAACCUGCUUUAAAAAGCCAACAUUUUACGAUAUAGUAUGCCAUUCAUCAGGAGUUUAGUUACUGAAAUAAAAACAUUGGAUCUUCCAA